AUGGAGUCUUUAGGACCUCUAAAAUUUAGUAUGCGAAAGUCUACCAAGUCUUUACCAGGUUCAGAUGUGCCUACAGAAUCAUCCGGGGUUUUCGAAUCAUCUAAGGAUGUAAAAGUUGAAGAGCCUAAAGCCAUGCCUAAACUCCAAGCGAUGAUGAAAAGGUCAAAGCCUUCUCAACUUCCUGUCGGUGUCUUACCUGCAAAAAACAAAUUGCCUGCUACUGAGGUGAAGACCGAUUUAUUUCUACCAACUAAAGAAAGUGAGACUUUAAGUUCUACUUCAGAUCACACCAAAGGUUUACUGUCUCAUCCUCAUUCUGUUCCAUCUUGUGAAUCCAGUGAUCUUCAGUCCACUAGUUCUAUGAUCAGUUCUGGACAACUGAUCCUAUCCGGUACAGUUGACAAGUCUAUGGUACUUAGUAAUAACAUUGCGAAUAAAGCACAUAUUCCUGGAACAAAUUUACCAUUGAAAGCCUCUCCAAUACCAAAUUUAAUGAGUUUAAAUAUCCAACCGCUUCACCACUCUGUACCGAUCGUUGCCACUCGAAAUUUGAUCCAUGCUCAUGCAACUGAUCCCACUCUUGUUCAGGCGUCGAUACCCCCAACUGCUGGAAUGCAGUUUGUUAACCCCCAGAAGUUUAGAUCUGCGCAGAUGAUUGCUACUCCGUUGAUAGCUAAUCCGGCCGUUGCGAAUCAGUCUCAACAGAAUGAGGAGACGCCGAAGAGUAAAAAUGGUCGUCGUCGAUCAAGAUCACAUUCCCACAAGUAUCCUAGGUCACACAGACGGUCUCGUUCUAGAAGGUCUAGUGGAAAUCGACACUCACGACGUCGUCACUCAUCUAGCUCAUCGAAUUCAGUGCACCGCUCUAGCCGUACUCGCCACAGAUCGCGGUCAUAUCAGAACUCUAAAGAGCGUCACCGUUCAUCUACUGAUCACGGUCACCUUAAAGGUAGUAGGAAACGCAGUAUUAAUCACAAAAGAAAAUUAGAAGCUGCUGAAAGCAUAGGAAAACGGGACUCAGACAGAAAAAAGUUCCCUACUUCUCAGAAAAAACUAGACCACAAAAAUUCACACUUAGAAGAGACAAAGAGAUCUUAUCAUCGCUCAGGCACUCCAGAAAAAAAAAAGAAAGUGUGUGACAAAACUGACGAUCAUCGUAUGUUAAAAAAAGCAAGACUAGCACAAAAAGUGCAAUUGCUCGACCCAUCGUCAAGAGCCUUACAGAAAAAGUAG